AUGCCCGAGUAUCCCUGUGCUCACGGCUUUCACUUUUCUCCAUCGGAGGACGUCUUGCCUGUCAUAACAGGAGCGAUCGUACCCAUGAGAAGGGUGGUACAGCUUAGGCGUCCAGAAAGGAUGGGAUUCACUCUUACUUGUUACCGUAUGCACAUGAAGGCACCUGAGGCCAGAUGUGGAUACGUCUCGGCAAGCCGGUUCCCUUUGCACAAUUUCUGCCCAAGCGGAUAA